AUGCAUGGAAUAUCUGAGAAAGACCAUGCCGUCGCAUCGGCUUUACCUACAUCAUCUUCCGGCAGUGGAGAACAGUCGACAAUCGCAGCCGACGUAAAGUCAGAGAUUGAUCAUGAGAUUCGUUCACAAUCGGAAACCUCUAGCAUUCACGGUGAUGAAGACGGAAAUCAUGACCCAGAGGAUAUCCACCCACAACUACAACGCCAGUUGACAGAGAUUGGCCCUGCGGUUAAAGUUUCGCGACUGAAGCGUAGGGGACUGUUCGGGCAACUGGCGUUGGUGGCAGAGGUCGAGAAUCCCAAAACAUAUCCCCGAAAAAUGAAAUGGUUCAUCACGUUUAUCGUCGCUCUCGCUGGGUCCACAGCGCCAAUGGGUAGCUCGAUAUUUUUCCCCUCACUAUCUCAAGUCUCGAAGGAGCUGAAUACAACGACUACUAUCACUAAUCUGUCAAUUGCAUUGUACAUGUUAGCCAUGUCCAUUUUUCCACUAUGGUGGUCAUCAUUUAGUGAACGACUUGGACGACGUACCAUAUAUCUCGCUUCUUUCGCUCUCUUUGUGGUUUUCAACUGCCUUUGUGCCAUCUCGACCUCUAUUGCAAUGCUGAUCGUGAUGCGGAUGUUGAGCGGUGGUGCUUCGGCCUCAGUUCAGGCAGUUGGCGCUGGCACCAUUGCCGAUCUCUGGGAGUCCAGGGAGAGAGGGCGCGCCAUGGGUAUCUUCUAUCUGGGCCCACUGUGUGGGCCGUUGUUCGCGCCCAUCAUUGGCGGCCUCCUGGCCCAGCGCUGGGGAUGGCGAAGUACCAUGUGGUUUCUUGCGGCGUUUGGUGCCCUCACACUUAUCUUUAUCCUGUUUGCCCUUCCUGAAACGUUGACCGUCCAAAAGCCUGCGCUGCCUGAAAUUGACGACGAAGAUAUUACGAUCAGCCGCCCGUUGAGCCGAGUCUCUUCACGACAGGUUGCUCGAUCUACGGCGAGGUGGCUAAAGAGAUUGAAAAUAAUCUUCAUUGAUCCGCUCAAGAUCAUCCUAUAUCUGCGGUUCCUUCCCGUCCUUCUCAGUGUGUACUACGCCAGUAUCGCAUUCGGCUCCUUGUACGUUCUUAAUGUCAGCGUGGAGGAAACCUUUGGAAAAGCGCCAUACAAUUUCUCAACCAUCAUUGUUGGUCUGCUCUACAUUCCAAAUUCUCUGGGCUAUAUGGUUGCCAGCAUUUUUGGUGGAAAAUGGAUGGAUAGCAUUAUGCAACGGGAGGCAAGGAAAGCAAACCGAAUCGACGAAAAAGGUAGAUUGAUCCUCCGUCCAGAGGACCGCAUGCGUGAGAACGCUUGGCUUGGCGCUUUUCUUUAUCCAGCAGCACUGAUCUGGUAUGGCUGGGCGGCGGAGAAGGGCGUCUUUUGGCUUGUGCCGAUGAUCGCGAACUUUUUCUUUGGCAUGGGUUCCAUGCUCAUCUUCAGUAUGGUAACCACCAUGCUGACAGAAUUUAUGCCAAAGAAAUCCUCUGAGGGCGUAGCCCUCAACAACUUCAUGCGAAACAUCUUCUCCUGUGUAGGCUCUCUCGUCACUGCUCCUAUAAUCGGUGGAAUAGGCAAUGGAUGGUUGUUCACUAUCCUCGGCCUGGUCAGCUUCGCAAGCAGUUCCGUCAUCUUCCUAAUGAGGGUUUAUGGCCCUAAAUGGAGAAAGACCUUGGACGCGCACAUGCGCUCAUGA